UGAAGAAGAUUCUAGCAUAUCAACUUUUACUAUAGAUAAAGGCAAAAAAAAUAUUGGUGGUCAUUCAUAUAGUCCAGUUUGGAAAUAUUUUACUAGAAGAGAAAAGGUAGCAAAAGAAAAAUAUAAAGCAACUUGUAAUUUAAAAGAUGAAUCUAAUAAAAAAAGAAAAAGUAAUACUCAAGAAAAACUUGAUCAAUAUAUUAGUAUAAUAGAAUUAGAUCAGCAAAAAAUCAAAAAAAUUCAUCUUGCCUGGGCUAAAACUUUUGCUAUUUCCUAUUUGUUAGAACAACAAUUAGCUAUUAUAAUCAAAAAACUAAUAAAAUAUUUCAACAAAUUCAAAUUUAACCUUAGAUGGUUAACUAAUAAGAAAAAUUAUUCAAUAUGGAAUUUUAUAAUUAUUACUCUUGAACAUAAAGAAUAUUUAUACAAACUUUGUGAUUUUUCAAAUGAAAUAUAUACAGGACAAUUUUUAGCUGACAAAAUUAAUAAAGUUUUAGAUUCUGUUAAUAUAGAUCAUUUUUUAGCUAUAGUUAGUAAUAAUAGAGCUAAUGUUAAACUUGCACGAAGUAUAAUUUCAUCACAACAUCCACAUAUUUUUAGAGCUGAAUUAAGAUCUUUAAUAGAAACAAUGAAUAUAGUUGGUGAAGGUCUUAAAAAUUAUUCAAAAACAAGAUGGACAACUGCAAGUGAUUCAAUUGAAAGUAUAUUACAUUUAGAAAAAGUUUUAAAAAAG